GCUGCAAAUUAAUUAACAAGUGAACUAGUGCGGAUUCAUAUCGAGCCCCUCUCUCCCUCUGCGGUCUUGAAGAACAAGUCGGUGCCGAUAUGGCCUGAUACUCCAGUUCCAAAGGCCUUUCAUUAGUUCAGCAUUUCCCGUCCACUUUUCCUCAUCUAAACCUGAGGUUUCUCAUUUCUCCAUUACACGUUUUUCCUUUUUCAGUUGGCCUGUUUCCUUGAUCUUCAGGCACAAGCGGCAAACCCUGACUUGCAGGAGUCAAGUCCGGGGAUGCGCAGCUAAGCCGCCGGGCCCAGCUGAAGGAGCGCUUCAGUGGGCCAAUACGGGCGUCACACGAUGCCUCUGACUGACCAUCGAAUCUGCGCCGCAUUGCCGGGUGCCUAGAACCGCCUGGCACCGCAACUUUAUUUCAACCUCUUUUGAUUCCGCUUUCUCCUCUCUCUUUCCUUUCUCUAGGAAACAGUUGUCACUCCUUGUAAGCCUAUUUCAGACCGCCCGCACAUCUCAACCUAGGCACCAUAUAAUCGAUCCUUCUCAAUUCAAAGCACAAGUUUAAUUAAUUCAGCUCCCACCCCAACUUUAUACUGUGUACAUACAUACAUUACGCGCAAUCAACCAAAAAAAUGCCAACCGUCGACGCGCCCAAGCUGCAACCGCCCAUGGAGGCCGCCAACCCCGCACCGCUCCAGCAGCAGCCGGGCGCCCAGGCAAUUGUCGCAACGCAACCGAAAUCCGAGCCCCGUCCGUCCAUGGAGAACGAGAUGACCCUCCGUGGCGGAGGCUUCACCCACUACUGCGGCUUCACCUGCUGCGGUGGCCGCUGCCAUUUCCGGUUGUGCUGAUUGAUUAGCGGAAUAGGGGGGGAAGGACGACGUCUCCGACGGCAUUGUUAUUAGGGAAGCUGGGAGAGGGGAGGGGUUCGGUGUCAGGCCGCCCUCGAGUGGUUGCGGGAGCGCGGGGCUGUGCCGUGGCGCAUCUGACGAACUUGACGAACUAAUCGGAGGAGGCGGGAGGUUUUCCCCUUGUUUUGAUACUUCUGCUGCGGGAAGGACGCGCGUUGUUGUGGAAUCGGUUCUGUGUUUGGUUGCUUGGCGAGUUUGAGGGCAAACCUCUGAAGAAGGGGGGGAUGAUAAUGAAGUAACGGCAAGAAGAUUUGUACAGUAAAUGCCAAGACGUUGCCCACGACUUUCCCGGGACGGUCUUUACGCGCGGCGUUGCUGGGCACUGGUGCCUCUCAUCGAAGAAUAUCGAGGCUAGGUAGCUAUAUAAUUAUGCGGGUUUGUCUUGUUGCAUCAUGUUUCCGAGCGCGUCGGCUCCAACGCUCAUUUGUUUUCUUGUCAGCUCUAUCGGAGUCUUGGAUUCCUCGUUGCUCUUCCAGUGCAACUCCGUAAUUAUGUAAUAAUAAAUCCGUGGAUCAGUCCAAGUUGUUCCUACACUCCUUUCACUCCCCUGAUCGCAAACACCCAAACCAGGCUAUGGUAUCCUCCGCCUCCGCCUUUUCCUGCUUUAACUCCGGGGACGUAUCGCACCAGCAGCGUGAGAAGCACAGGUCACAGCCCCAGCCUCGUCGGCAACCGGCACUCCUCCCGCAUUAUCUCGCUCGUAAAUCAACCCGUCAGCCCCGGUUCAA